AUGAACACAAAUUUAGUAAACUCAGACUAUUACCAAAUUGAAGAAAUGACUUAUUUUAGAUUUGGGGGUAAAACUAUUGCUAUAUUUCUGUACGUCUACAUAUGGAAUAAUUUCCGAAUCAUCGACAAUUCAUGGGAUUCUACAUGGACUUGGAUCCUUUGUUUAUUUUUCCAGGAUUUCAUGUAUUACCUUGGGCACCGGGCUAUUCACGAAGCAGGGUUUUUCUGGGGACUACAUACAAUACACCAUAGUUCAGAAUAUUAUAAUUUCACAACAGCAUUACGACAAGCUGCAAUUCAAGAUACUGGGCUAGCAAUUUACGAUGUGCUACAAGCAUUUUGCAUACCACCACCGAUGUUUUUGGUGCAUCGAUAUUUCAGUGAAAUUUAUCAAUUCACAUUACACACAUCCCUAUUUGAUAAUUAUGGACCACUGGGGAUUUUCCUUAACACACCAUCACACCAUCGUGUUCAUCAUGGCCGUAAUCCGUACUGCAUUGAUCGCAAUUAUGGAGGAGUAUUCAUUAUUUGGGAUAAACUUUUCCACACAUUUGAGCCGGAACGUUCAAAUGAAAAACCUGUCUAUGGUCUAAUCGUUAGAGAAAAGAACUUCAAUCAGCUUUACCUUCAGUUUCAUGCUCUUUAUGAUUUAUUAUUUGUAAAAUGGCGAAUGAAAACUGAUAAAGGUUUACCUGUAUUUCGAGGAAUCGAAAAACUGAAAGCAAUUUACUAUCCACCAAUUUAUAUGCCAGGUAUGAAAGUCCGAUGGUAUUUUCACUGGCUAUCAAUGGUUGACCACGAGGAAGGUGUGCCACAGAUUGAGAAGGACGUGAUUCGUUAUGACCCAAUUAUUCCAAAAUGGCAAAAGGCAUACUGCUUUGGACAUUUUCUUCUUCUUCUUGCUGCAUUUUUGCAUUUUGAAUUUGAUCGUAGCCGAAUGUCAUACACGGAAUUCACUAUCAAUUUAAUAUUCUUCGUUUCAACGAUGCAGUGUUUGGGAGCUUUCUUCGACUGCAAGUUUGUUAUUCCGCUUCCGUUAUUUAAUGCUAAUUUGCAUUUGCAACUUGUACCACUAAUUAAGCAUUUCUGA